UAGGGAAAAUAGAGCCUUUACAGAACAAAACAAAACAAAUCCCUUUUCUCUAUUUUUUUUUUUUUUUUUUUUUUUAAGAUUUCUUGCCCAGGGGUAUUCCUUCCUGACAAGCAUGAUGUGUUCCUUGGAGUUUACCUCCUGAAUCAGUACCUGGAGACAGACUGCUUUCCUUCUAUGUUCCCUAUUAUGAUUCAGCGAAGCAUGAGGUUUGAAAAGCUACAAAUACUUGGCAGCGAGUAAUGAAAACAUUGGACCUUCUGAGUAAUUCAGAAUUCAGUGUUCUAAAGCAGCCAGGUAUUUGAAAAUGCAAUAGAUCCUGGAGCUGUAGCAGACAUUUUAGAAAGCUUUCUAACCAGAUUUGAGUUAAUACAGCUAGUGUCUCCAGUGUGGCAAGAGUUGGCCUACUAUGAAGAAAACACACGGGACUUUCUCUUCCCUGAGCCACGGCUGACACCUUCGCACCCUGGGAUGUGUAGGGAGGUGCUCAUGAAGACAGUCGAAGGCUUUCCAGGCAUUGCUCCUAAAAUAGAGUUUUCUACAAGGACAGCCAUCAGAGAACGUGUGUUUCUGCAUAGAAACAGAUUUUUUGAAGAAAGAUGUAAGUCACGAAGGCCUUUAUCUACACCAAAUGGACCAAAAUUCCCCUUGAGUUGUGUAAAGAUGAAACCAAGGGAGAGUAAUCUCGACAGAGUGCCCUCAGGCAUGCAGUCCCGGCCACUCUCUCCAUAUUGCACCAGGCGUUUCUUCCAAGACCAACCAGCUCAGCUGAACCUUGGAUAUACUUUCAAAAUACCUGGAGAAAGCAAACCUCCGUUUGUAGUAAGACACGUGGACAGUGCAAAGCCCUUUGGUGAGAACAGUUCACAGCAUCAUUCCCAGAAGUCUAGAAGAAAACCUAACUUUUCAAACUUUCCAUUUCCAGUGAGAAGAGCAUCUUCUCUUGACAGCCUUGGAGCUAACGUGAAGGUUAUCAAAGAGCCAGAUGAACGGAUUGUUUUAAGGAAUGAAUCACCAUCAUCUUUAGAUUCAAGUAAGUUUGGAAAGCCCUCGCCCAGUUACGGUAACCAAGGGGAUGCUGAUUUUCACCAGGAAACUUCAUUUGACACCUCCCAGAACUCCAGAUCUCCCAGCCCUCUUCUGGAUCAGCCCCUUCUCCGAGAAAGGCCCCACCCCGGGUCCCAGUCCACGUGGAAGAAGAUCCAUGAAAGGGUCUGCAGUCUUCUGACAUCCCACAGAGCUCAGCAACACCUAAACAAGGAAGAAUCCAUCUCUGAAAUAAAGAAUAUCCUCGACAGACCAGGCUACCCUCUGAAGAAAUACCGUGCACAUGAACAGAAAUAUUUUUAAGCUGCUGUCCUAUGGGAGACUGAAUGAAAGCUGCAAGAGUAUCAUGAAGAGCUCACUGAAUGAGUCAACUGAACAACCGUUUUUGUUCUGUGUAUCAAAUCACCAGUGUCUGACCCCCUUUAAAUCAAACCUGUACCCAGUCUCUUGUAACCAGACUGUAAGCACCCCGAGGGCAGGAGACCCAGAUAUCUGCCGAGUCACCAGUGUUCACCCAGUGCCUGCACAUGGGGGGAACUCCAUGAACAUGUGUUGAUUGAAAGAAUAACCAAAUCAUCUACAUAUGGCUACCGGGCUCCAGGCAACUCUUCCCAGGCUCUGGUCCUCAGGCAGCAGAAGGUUCCAGAAUGGAGCUCAGGACUCUGUGUCAGUCCCAGGUGUUGCCCUUAUGAUCUGUGUGAUCUUGGAAAACUGGCUUAAUCUCCCUUCAACUUCCUGUUCCCUCAUUUCUAAAGAGGUAAGUUCCUACAUAUUUUCACUGGAUUGCUACAAGGAUUUAAAAAAAAAAAAAAGGUCAUUACUUCCCCAGAAAAAACAAGGCUGAGGGCAGGCUAUGCUCUCACUCUGUUGAUCCAGGGCAGCCUGGAUUAACGCUCCUGGGAUGUUAAAAGGGAAAAAGAAAAGGCAGAGGAGAGCCUGAAAAAUAUGUUUCUGUGCAUGCUUCCCCUAUGACAUCAGUUUUUCUUAAGAGACAUUAAUUACAAAGAAGUCCCUUUCAAUAGGUUCUGUCACCUCCCAGACUAUUCUGUGAAGUUAAUAAAAUUAAACUGGUUCCCAGCAAAAUGAACUAAAGGCUCUCGCAGCCUUUGUCAGCAGGUCCACAUUUGAUGUUCAAAACAUCUGUCAAGGAGCAGCGGGCGAGUCUCCUGUUUCUUCAGCAACCCAAGAGCUGUUUAAACUUUUUUUUUUUUUUUUAAAUAUCAUAAAGGACAGUGCUAUUUGUAUUUAGAACCAAUUUUUCAUAAGACCCAAUGAGCUUUUAUAGGAGGCUUCUUGUUCAAUAAACAUUAAACCUCAGAGGAUCUGAGGCGCUCAGCUACUCUCUUCAAAGCCUGUGCUUUGACACUGGGAUAGCGAACAGCUCAGAGAGACUUUUCUAGCUUUCUACCACAACCUAGUUAUUAUUGCGCUCUCUCUUUGCUUCUUCUUAUCUCAAAAAAUUGGUAGCUUGGGUCUCUGGGUUGAAGCUGCUUGUUUGCUGGGGAACUUAACACGUGAGGCAGAACAAGCCUUUUCCGAUUGUUUUCGUUUCCAGAAUGAACGCACUGUGCGAACUUACUUGGUUUGGCUUGAUUCUAAUAUUGGCCCUGCAGGUUCUGAUGCCAAUGUAGGGACUGUCUAGAAACUUCUGAUAGUAUCAGACAAAAGAGUAAAUUAAAAUUUUUUCUCCUAGGCCUAACUAGUAAAAUCUAGUUUUAGCAAGAACUCUGCUAAGUCAGUUUGAUCAGAGCUCCCGGCCCCCAAUAUCUGAUCACUCUCCAUAUCUAAUCAGGCUCCUCAUUAUCUAUCACCCCUGGGUGCUGGAGGGCAGUCCUAGGUGCUGCCCUUAUGAUCUGUGUGAUCUUGGUAAACUGGCUUAAUCUCUCUCCAACUUUCUGUUUCCUCAUCUCUAAAGAUAGAAGUAAGUUCCUACUUAUUUUCACUGGAUUGCUAUGAGGAUUAAAAAUAAGUUCAUUACUUUCCCAGAGAAAACAGAAAAUCGCACUUUCCAUGCACCAUGACAUAUUACAGAAAAUGAUAAUACUAUGUCAUAGUGCAGAGGUGGUAUCUGAUUACCCUGGGCUGUCUUUACCAAAAAUCCUGUUAGGUCAAUUUAGCCAGAAUCCCCCUUACCUUUGACAUUUCUUCACAGUAAUUUUCCAUCCACUGAUCCUGCUACCCAGGUCACUGGCCAUCAUUUCCCAUUGGCUCAUGUUGCAUUCAUUUGGACCUGAACCCACUCUCUUUCCACCACUGCAAAGUCCCAUUGCAGUGGUCCCUCUACCUACUGUGACAAUCUGGAAUAAAUUCUGCCUUACCAUCUUUGAGUGUUACUGAAUUUUCUUUUAAACAAUACUUCCCCACUGAAAGCUUGUUCAGGGCAUUCCUUGGAGAGAAUGGCACAGGUGGGAGUCACUGCUCUAACCUGUUUCCCCGUGCCUACAAGCUUAUGUCCAGAAUCCCCAGAAAGGCGCACAAACCCCAUGAAGCCAUGCCCUCACCUUCCAUUCCCUUGCUUCCUCCCCAGGUUUGCAGCCUUCCAGUCAAAGUUUCACUGUUCUCCCAAGAUUCUGUGCCUUCUCCUAUUUUCUUCUGCCUAGAAUUCCUGCCACUUCAUCUGAUUCCUCUCUCUUCUUCAAAACUCCACCCAAUGUCCCUUCCUGCAUCCUCAUUCCCAGAAAGACUUAUCACAGAGCAUUGCAAAUGUAGUCUCCUUUUCUUGAAGAACUGGACAUCUCUUUGUGUCUUGUGUGUCAGGCAUACAGCCUGGGACAUUGAAGAUAUGAAUGAAUGAACGAGUGUCUUCCAGAUCCAUGUAUUCAACUUAUGAGAUUCCUUAGAAUCCCUGCAUGAUUUCUCAUUUUUUCUUAACAGGAGAAAAAUAUACACAUUUAUUUAAUACAAGUCUUAUGUGACAUGGAAGCCAUCAUAAAGAAUUAAGUUCCAAAGAAAUGGCGAAAGUACUUGCUUUUAUAUUAGGUUGACAAAGAGAGGCAAUUGUGGAAAAGUGACUAAACUAUAUGAGGCUCACUCUUUUCUUUUUUUUUUUAAAGAAACAAAACCAUGUUAACUCAGUUGAACAGAGCUGUGAACCAGUCUAGUACUGGUUUAGGAAGAAGGAAAGCUCAUUCAUGGUGAAUUCUCUGGGCUUCACUAUGUCAGAGGCUGAAGCAGGGAAUAUUUCUCUCUUGUCAUUUUUCUCUCUGUUACGGUGGCAACAAGUGGCACAUUCAUUAUGGGAAUUCCAUUCCUUAUGUACACAAUGUAUCCCUUCCUUCUUUGGAGAAAAGGCACUGUAGAAAACCAAUUAAUAUAAUAAGUCUUCUGGCUUCAAUAGCUGUGUUCUAAUGCAACAAAAAUUUCUGGUCUUAGGGAAAUGUAUAAUUUGUGUGUGCAAAGUUGUUUAGGCCAUCUUAUCUUCUUGGUUCCCAAACAAGGUUGGGAAACAAUGAAGGAUGUGUUUCUUGGAAUGCAGGCAGAAUGCAGUGGUUCUAGACGGUACAAAUGAGGUAAGAUGUUCAUUCUCAACCUGUAUGAUUUUAAGCUCCAGCAGGAAGUUUUAAAUUUAUAAUCAUCUUGAAUUGGCAGUUUUCGUAGAGACUGAACUAUAUUAAAAAAUAAACAAACAAAAACCAAUGUUUCAAAAAAAGCAAGCAUACCUUUCCCCCAUAGCUGAAGUAGAUAGUGGAUGCUCUUAGCUACCAAAUAGCAAGCUGUACAGCCAAAUGAUAUGCGCAUCUUCACCUCUUAUACCUUCUUGCCAACAAGGGACUCACAGACCAGCAGAAGACUGAGGUCCAUGACCAGGGGGCUGGAGGAAACAUCAGUCCCUCACAGGAUUAGCUUGUUUCCACGCGGUUAACCAGUGUUUGCUGAAUUAAACUGAACCUGUUUCAGGGAGGCACAUGGAAUGAUUCUUUCUACUGGAGCUGUGGAUGGCUUCCCAGGACACAGCCACUUACGAGUAAAUGAAUACGUAUUUUAAAAAAAUGCCCUCCCCACCCUAAAUAGCACAAGGAUGUCACCUGCGAAAUCUGAAUUUAAAAAUAGGGGGGCCUCCAAAUACCUUGAGAUGUCACUUUCUCUGCUCCAUCCUCCAUUCUUCAGUGUCUCUUCCGGGCAUUUACACUCACCGCUUGGUAUGAGUAGCAUUUUCUCUGGAUAUUGGUUUGUCACUCAGAUUCCAGCUCAAUUACUGUAUCUUGAGAGUUAGAAUCUAGUUUUAUCUUUUAUUUUGCCAGAGUUCAGCUGCCAGCUUGCCUCUUAUUCUUUUUUUAUUUUUUUUUUUUGUAAAUAAAUGUCUUAUUGGCAGUGCACCCAGGCCCAAUCACUGACAUACUGUCUAUUGCUGCCUUUCUGUGAUACCCAGUUGGAGAGUUGGACAGGGACCAUAUGGCUCAAAAAGUCUUGAAUAUUCACUUAUCUGGCCCUUUACAAAAAGCCUUCCAGAUUCUUGCUUGUAGGGAAACCUAUUCACACAUAUAUUCUGAUAAAUACCAUUUGUAUUUAAGCCUUAAUAAAUGCUGUUUAUCUCUAAGCUUUAGUUAAACCCGAAACGGAAAAACCUCUGCCCCUGAAGGUGAGAUCAGAUUGUUGUCGUUCCAGCUUCUGCAUCAGGGGAGUAAGACAGCUUCCUGUGGGGAUGUUUGGGGAAUCUCUCGGAACAGGAGGCAAGGAGUCGUUUCAUUUCUAUGCUGGGUAUUAAAGAAAAUGUGACCUAAAUUUAAACUCACUGGCUGAAUAAGACCUGGGCCAGGCUUUCCAGAGCCACACUUCUCAGGCAUGUUCACAAGCCAUUUCCCCUGCCAUUUCGCUGGCGGUGGGAUACAAAUACAGCUUAUAGACCUUAAUGCUCAUGGGGUCUAAGUGCAGAUAUUCUGCGUGUGGCAUGGGUGUAUCCUUCAGGAUAUCAGUUAAGGGUAGGAUUCUGCUAGUGCCUAAAUGAUCUGCCUCUAAAGAUGCCUUGAGAUGAUGUACAUUGUGCCUUGUGUGUGUGUGUGUGUGUGUGUGUGUGUGUUAAAGCAAAUUCCAGACAUUAUGUCAUUUCCAUCCCUACAUAAUCCUAUACACUUUAAAAAAAAGAUCAGUUUCUUAUAUCAUUAAAUGCCACUAUCAGCACUAUCAACAAUUUCUCUUUUUAAAAAAAUUUAUUUGUAUUAUGAAUAACAAGCUCUCUGUUAAAUUAAAAGCUUUCAUUUAUUUAUUUAUUUUUGCCACCACACAGCCCGUGAGAUUAGUUCCCAGACCAGGGAUCGUACCGGAGCCCCCUCUAUUGGCAGCACGGAGACUUAACCACUGGACUGCUGGGGAAGUCCCUCAAAAAUUUCUUGAUACCACCUAAUAACCAGUCUAUAUUCAAAUUUCCUUGAUUAACGUUACGGCUUAUCACAUGAAUUCUCCGUUUAAAAAAAAAAAGCUAUAAAGUAGUUUUAUGUCAGCAGAGGCUUUGAUGGCAGAGGUUUUGUUACUUUGUUAAUUUGGCAAGAUUAUGCAUAAGUACAGAUUAUUUGUCUCAGGUUUUACUGUCUCUCUGCCACUGAUUUAUGUAUCCUUAGGGCACUCACUCAGCUCUCCUCUGCUUCCAACAUGUAUUCUCCUUUGUCCUGAUAAAUGUAUGAAAUAAGCUCUUGAUCUGCUGGAUUUAUAAAGGCUUUUGAAACUUGAAAGCUGCUCUUCCUGUAUAUUUUCCACAGCCAUCUUCUGCUUCACCCUCCUGGCUCUGUGCUGGGUUGGGAGGCUGAGGAUCACUGCAGGCUUUGGGGAAAGGACCACACACCAGGUAAAGGUGAUGCUGAGCUCAGGGGCAGGGGGCAGAGCUGGGUAGCAGAAGGGCAGGGAGACUACCAGAGGCAAGGCUGGAAGGGUACAGAGCAGAAUCCAUCCCACCUACUUCUUCUGUAAGGAAUGAAGGGAAGAAGGAAGGAAGGAAAUAAAGGGAGGGCAAGGAAGGAAGGAAAAAAGAAGAAAGAAAAUACAAAACAAAAAAACACAAAAAUAAUGUGUGUUUGCCUUGAAAACAUAAAAGAAAGCUCAGUGCUCAUUUUUUCUUACUAACUGAAUCUAGUCAUUGUUAGCCAUUUGAUUUUGGUCCUAACUUUUAAAAAUGUAUAUAAAUUUUAAUAAAAUUUGUAUUAUAUACAAUAUCUAAUUAAUUUUAUCCUCCUACUUUAUAUUAAACAGGAACAUUUUCCAUCUUCAUUAAAUAUGUUUCCAAAACAAAGUUUUUAAUAGGUGCAUAGAAUCCUAACUUAUGGGUAUAACAUAUAUUCAGAUUGCUUAUACUUUAUCACCAUUAUACAAACAAAUAUUACCAUGAAUACCCUUGUACCUAAAUCUUUGAACCUAUCUCUGAUGAUUUAUGUUAAAUUCAUCAGAAUAGAAAUGUGAGGUGGAAAGAUCAGAACAUGUUCCAAACCUCCCCCCAGAAAAUUUGUUCCAAUUAUACAGUAACUGAAAGAGUGAUUGAGCCUGUUUUCCCAUAACCUUGCCUUAGUACUGUUAUUAUUUUUUCCUUUUAAUCUGAAAACUUUAAACACAAAUUAUCAUCAUUGUACCCAUUCCUGCUUUGUUCAUGUCCUUUGAAUCUUUGACCAUUUUAUCACUUUAUGUCAAAAGAAUGGAUAGUGUUUAACUGUGGGAUUUGGUGAGGGAAAAGUGUAAAAAUUUCCAGACCUGUGCUACACAUUCAAAAAGCAGCUGGGCUAUGCACGUGGAAUGCAAAUUAUUUUCCUAGAUUAUUUGCAAGGCUGAGCUAGCACUCAAAACGGACCCCAAAAAUCUUACUUGUUAUCAAUGCCAAGUAUAUAUUUUCAACAUCUAAUAUUAUCCAACUAGUAUAUUCAUACAAUAUUGUUACCUUUUCUUAUGAAAUCUGGCUUACUGCAUGGGUUUUGGAUUUGCUGCCUAAUCUGGAUCAACUUUCCAUACCUUCCUCCAUAGAUGUAAGUAUCAAUCACAAAGUAGUUUAUGAGCCUUUGUGCAACUGCAUGCAAAAUACAGUACCUAUGUACAACUUUGAACAUUUUUCUUGGGAGAGAGUCCAAAGCUUUCAUCAUGUUCUCAAAAGACCCUAAGAAAAGAUUACAACUCUUUGAUAUGGAGAAAAUUCUGAGGGUUUCUAGAACAGCCAUCUCCACACGAGAAGGCAGGUAAUAUGAGUGAGUAAAGUGGACGAGGUAUCGGGCACUAGGGAGUGACAAGAACUGUGGUGUCUCACAUGUAUUUGCACCAACUAAACACAGUAGCUGUUUCUCAGCUCUGGUGUGUGGGGAACUGGCCCCAGUGUUUACUGAUCUUAGUUUUUUUUCAGAAGAAGCCAGAAAUAUGGAUGUUUACAUGAAGUCUUCCAAAUUUUAAAUGCCUCCAAUAAUUUGAAGUUAAACAAAUAAUCAUUAUAUGGUACAAAUGACUGGUCUGCUGAUUUGGCCCUCUGGCUGCAGGCCCUAAAAGAAACCGGGCAUUUCAAAACAUAAUUAUGUUCUCUUUAGGUCUAUAAUAAGCCAAGAACACCAAGACCACUUAAGAACUAGGCUUCCAAUGGACUCUGAUCUGAUUGGAGUUUGGCACUUCAAAAGUUCAAUGGCUAAAUCUACAGCUGAAGCAAUGCAGUUGCUGAAAGCAGCAGACCCUGACACCCAUCCAUCCUUCCCCAGCCAAUGUCCAGUACUCUACAGAGAUCAGUCCUACAUCUCUAGUGGCAGUAGAGAAAAAUGUUCUAGAAGAGGAUAUGUCAAGAACCCUAAUUGCAUGGUUAUAUAAAACUGUGAUUUUCAAGUUGGCAACGCUAGCAAUUGCUGCAUUUCACCUACUGCCAGAAUGAGAAAAAGCCAGGAAAGUAUGGAAGCCACAGAGGAGCUAACCAUACCCAGACAAAUGACGUUUUUAUAAAGCCAGUUAAUCUCUACCUACAUAAGGGAGUGUGCUCUAUAAAGAUACCCUGCAACAUAACAAUUCAUAAGGGAAAAAUCAUUUCCAAAUUCAAGUGUGUCCAAGUUCAGUUUUAAAAACACCCGGCUUUUGAAAUAUGGUACCAGCCCAUCAUUAAAACUUUCCCACAACAUGUGACUACUGGUCCCUGGGCAGAUUUCCAGGGCACAUAUGUAGUAAGUUCUGAGGUCUGUGGAGGAGUGGAAGUAAGUGAGCAGAGGGAACAGAGGACCCUUCAGGCUGAAAGGGUUGAGGCAUGAUGGCUGCAGCUGAGAAACAAAUGAGUCAACCACAGAAAACAUGAUCCAAACUGAUAACCACAUUUUGCCUGAGGAUGCUGGCUGACAGGAAAGAAAGAAAAGUGAAAGUGAAGUCGCUCAGUCAUGUCCGACUCUUUGCGACCCUGUGGACUGUAGCCCACCAGGCUCCUCUGUCCAUGGGAUUCACCAGGCAAGAAUACUGGAGUGGGGUGCCAUUUCCUUCUCCAGGGGAUCUUCCCGACCCAGGGAUAGAACCCUGGUCUCCUGCAUUGCAGACAGACGCUUUACCCUGUGAGCCACCAGGGAAGCCCACUGGCUGACACGGCAGUGACCAAAUACCCCCUUUUCUUUUCCUUCCUCACGAGACAUUCUACAGCUGGUCAAACAAAGAUCUGAGAUGUGGUUGGCAGUGCUACAGGCAAAGCAAUGCCACGUUGUGAAUAAUGAAGCAUUUCACUCAAGCAAAUAUGUACUUUCCAAGGGAGGUAUACAUGUGUGUAUGGUACAUUAGAUGCAUUUUGAUUUUUUCCUUAAGAACAACUCAGGUGAUUAGAUGGCUCCUUAAUCACAGAGAACAUCAGUUUUCUAAAGGUACCUGUA